AUGUCUUCCCUUCCCGUCAGUUCAGCUCGACAUGGCAAUAUGACCAAGUCUUGGUAUCUCGUCAGAGCACUCUUCUCCACAUCUCAACCUACCACAUCGAACCAAGCUGCAUCUCCAACCAAAACCUCUCGAACUGCCUCGUUUGACGGACUUCGAGGCUUGGCCUGCUUGAUCGUUUUCAACUUCCAUUUCCUUUAUCCAUAUACUCAGACGACAAUCCACGGGUAUGCCGUUGAACUCGAACAUGGAGCCUCAAGAUAUUUGCACCAACUACCGAUCUUAUGUCUCAUUGUCCGUGGCCGGGCCAUGGUAACCCUCUUCUUUGCAAUAUCCGGAUACGUCCUGAGCCAUGGCUUUCUGGCAGCGACACGAACCGACCGACUUGAUCACGGAGUCGCGCGAUUAGCCUCUCUGGCUCUGCGACGUUGGAUGAGAUUAUAUCUGCCCGCAUCGAUCAGCAUGCUGAUGGUCAUGUGCGCGGCGUACUUUGGAGCGUUUGAGAAAGGACGAAAAUUGAACAAUACGAAAUUGAUGAAGGGAGUGUGGGAGCAACAUCCACCCAUCUUCAAAACUUUCGGGGCUCAGGUGUGGAAUUUUGGGAAAAUGUGGUGGGGCUGGCAAACUCCUUUCAAGACGACGAUUUUCUACAAUCCUUACGACCCUCAUACGUGGACCAUUCCCGUGGAAUUUCGGAGUUCGAUGGUCCUCUUCAUGCUACUACUCGCUUCUAUGCGCCUCAGGCAGCGAUGGCGACUGGGGUUCAUCACCUUCGUCACCCUUUACAUGUUCGCUGCGAGACGAUGGGAUGUCGCGACAUUUACUGGAGGGGCUUUGGUUGCCGAUCUUCAUCUAUGUCAUACGAUUAAGAACACAACACUACUAGAAGAGAAGGAAUCGCUGUUGCCCACCGAAGACCAUCCCGCCUCGAUCCCGGAGCCACCUCCAAAGGCCAGGAGAUACGCAUUGAUGGCUUGGAGAUAUUUUCCACUCGUGGUAGCAUUCUACGUGCUCUCUUUCCCGGACGAACAGGGCAAGAAGACUCCUGGCUUCAUUUUCCUUCACAACCUCAUCAAGUUGCUUUAUAACGACACUUUCAAAUUCUGGCACUCUGCAGCAGCCAUAGUCGUCCUCUGGUGUGUACCCCGGCUUUCACCCAUCAAAGCAUUCCUCGGCUCUUCAAUACCUCAAUACCUCGGGAAGAUCUCUUACGGCCUGUAUCUGGUUCACGGACCAUUGCUACAUUCCAUCGGCUUUGCUCUGCAGCCAAAAAUCUGGGAACUUACAGGCUUCGGGUCGAAAUCAGGAUACUGUGGCGGACUGAUGCUCGGAUGGAUAUGCAUGCUAACAAUAUCCAUUGGCGGAGGACAUCUCUUUUGGAAGUAUAUCGACAUGCCACUGGUAAGAUUUGCAAAGUACGUGGAACAAACGGCAUCGGCAUCGACGCCUCAACAACGGAGACGGACGAUUCUCGAAUAGCGGAUCUGCUUUGUACAGAACAACAGCAUUAUGUACAACGACGACCAAUGAAUACAACUAGAACUCAAUAUUGACUUUGAGAG